GGUGUGAGAGUAACUUGUAAUUCUUUUCAGCUCCACCACUGCUACUGAAGAAAGAUGAACGAACAGCCACAAACUAGCACACAAAGCCUCUCUCUGUUUUCCAAUCUCCCUCACCACUUGUUCGUUCAAAUUCUGCUUCGGUUACCGGUGAGAUCUCUCAUCCGCUUCAAAUCGGUGUGCAAAUCGUGGCGGUCUCUCAUCUCCGAUCCCAAAUUCGGUAAAUCCCAUUUUGACCUAGCUGCUGCACCCACUCACCGUUAUCUCGUUAGAAAAAUCAACGAUUCUUCUGAAAUUGAAUCCCUAGAUUUCAAUGCAUCACUUCACGAUGAAUCUUCUGCUAUAGUGAAACUCACAUUACCGUUUCCUUCACCCCUUGUUGAAACCAUCAUCGAUACUCGUUUUCAUCAAAACCCUAUCUAUAUUCUGGGUUCCUGCAGAGGGUUUGUGGUCGUAGCAUAUGAACGAGGCUCCGUCGUUGUUUGGAAUCCAUCAACAGGUCUCCAGAAACCAAUUCCAGACAUAUCUGGUGAGGUGACUUUGGAAUUUCUAAAUGGGUUUGGGUAUCACACAUCAACUGAUGAUUACUUGCUAGUUUGUGUGAGUUUGAUUCCUUUGGAGUAUCUUCUUGAACAGAUAGAUGACUAUCGUAAUCACAUUUCGUAUUUUUCGUUGAAAACAAAUUCCUUUACUGAAAUGGAUGAUUAUCAGGCUGAUGUUCAAUAUGUGGAUAUUGGUAAUUUUGAUUCCAGAGUUGGGUCCUAUUUGAAUGAUGCUUUGCAUUGGCUGGUUAUCUCUUUUGAUACCAAGCAUCAAGUGAUUAUUGCAUUUGAUUUGGAAGAGAGGACUUUGUCUGAGAUUCCUAUAUCACAUCAUUUAGCCAAGGAGUUAACAUUUACCCAAUAUUAUUUGAGGGAACAAUAUUAUUUGAGGGUCAUGGGAGAAUGUCUCAGUCUGUGUUACCCGGGUAACACUAACAUGACUUCGAAGGCUGAGAUCUGGAUGAUGAAAGAAUAUAAAGUGCAGUCAUCUUGGACCAAGUUGUUUGCUUUUUCUACUUGUGACGUUCCCCGCAAUGUCUUUUUUCCAAAAUGUUUCACCAACCAUCAUGGAGUUUUUGGAUCAAAUGGCUCUGAAAGAUUGAUGAUACUUAAUGACAAAGGACGGCUGCUUGAUCAGCAUACACUUUUGCACUUACGUAAUAAAUAUCAAUAUAUUCAAGUAGGUUGUGGUAUGUAUAGGGAGAGUUUACUAUCACUCCCUAAUGACUUUGAGGAAGCAAGUGAAGAUAACCAGCUGACGAAUUCUUUAGAGGAAGCAAGUGAAGAGAACCAGCUGACAAAUUCUUUGGAGGAAGCAAGUGAAGAAGGCCAAUAGAAUCUGACGGCCUUGAAGGGUGCAAGAGUGCUCUACACAGUUAUGCUUGAUGUCCUGGCUUGCCUUCAAAUGAUGAUAUUGCAAGAAGAGAGCUUAACAUUUGGAAGAGAAUGUUAUUUAUUCAAUGUCAAAUCAUCUGGCUUCAGUAGUGUUCACCUAGUGGUGAUUUCAGUUAGUUGGAGUUGAGGCAGGCUUUUGAACUUAAUUUAAUUUCAUAGUAUGAGUUAGGAAAUUCAAGCUUGAGUUAGUACAUGCUUUUAGCAUCCUUAUCUUUUUUCCUCUUAAUAUUAUUACUGUGGCUGCAGUUUGUUUCUCUUGUUGUCAUUUAUAUGGUUUUCGUUUUCAAUCUCUACUUAUUUGUUCUGUACUUAGGUGCCACUUCUCCAAAAUGUUACCCGACUUUUGUAUGAUACUGUGAUGUUAGCCUUUUGGGCAUUUUGACUUGAA